AUGCACAGCAGCCAUCUGAUUUUUUUCGUGGUGAUUUCUCUGCUGCCUAUUUAUGAAGCAUACCCUUAUCCAUACCCGUACUAUCCGAUAAUGGAAGAGGGUGGCCCAAUGAUGGGACCGCCUGGUCCUCCGAUGGUACCGCCAGGUCCUCCGAUGGGGCCAGACCGAUUUGGUGGAGCGCAGGGGGUGCCCGGAGUGCGAGAUAUUGGUCCUGUGGGCCCUCAGAGUGGUUUCUAG